AUGACAAGUCGGGCGAGUUCAAACGCAAACCGUCAGCCUUUCGGAGCUGGAUCUCGAGAGAAGCGGGUGCGGAGUUCCCGCCGGAGAAGGAUCGAUACCAUCUCUAUGUGUCGUAUGCGUGUCCCUGGGGUAUGUACAAUCUGCACUACGAGUUUCUCUGUUGAAAGGCUUGAUGGCGGCCUGCUGAUGAUGUAUGUUUUACUAGCGCAUCGGACUUUGAUUACGAGGAAAUUGAAGGGGUUGGAGGACUUUAUCAAGAUCACGUCUGUGCAUUGGCAUAUGGGCGAACAAGGAUGGCGUUUUGCUACUCCCGACGAGAAGCUUCCCGGCGAAACACAUCCGGAUCCGCUGCACGAUUUCACGCAUCUCCGGCAGAUUUAUUUUGAAUCCGAAAAGGAUUACGAGGGGAGAUUUACUGUGCCGACGCUGUAUGAUACCAAGACGAAGCGGAUCGUGAGCAAUGAGGUUGGUACUUUUGUCCCUUUUUCGAGCUCUGAAAUCAUUCGCAUGUUCUACUAUGAGUUUGAUGACCUUCUGCCGGAGAAAUAUCGAAACCUCGAUCUCUUCCCUCAAAAACUGCGGAAGGAUAUCGAUGAAGCGAAUGAAUGGGUUUAUGACACUGUUAACAACGGCGUCUACAAAUGCGGAUUCGCAACAUCCCAAGAAGCCUAUGAAGCCGCCAUCAAACCCCUCUUCUCCUCCCUCGACCGCAUUGAAUCCCACCUCGCCUCCAAAUACAACCCCUCCGACCCCUCCAGCAUCUAUUUCUUCGACAACACCCUCACAGAAGCCGACAUCCGCCUAUACACCACCAUCGUCCGCUUCGACCCGGUUUACGUACAGCAUUUCAAAUGCAACGUGCGCGACAUCCGCUCCGGGUAUCCCGCAAUCCAUCGCUGGUUGAGGCAUUUGUACUGGGACAUCCCGGCAUUUGGGGAAACGACCGAGUUCGAGCAUAUCAAGAAGCAUUAUACUAAGAGCCAUAAGCAGAUCAACCAGUUUGCGAUCACGCCGGUGGGGCCGGUGCCGGAUAUCUUGGCCAAGGAUGAGGAGGUUAGGGCGGUUACAGAGAAGAUCUGA